AUGAAUCCAACAUCUAUGUUAGUUGAGAUGAAAAGCUUCAUUCCUUCUUCAUAUACUUUCGAAACAACAAUCCAGAAGAUAAAGCAGGAACUUUUAACAAGUACUUUGGACUGUUGUGCGAAAGAUGAACAAAAUGAACAAUAUCUUUAUGAAAUGCAGGACAUUAUUGACCAUUUACCCAAAUUGCCUGAAAUCCAACAACAAAAGCUCACUAUUCCUGAAUUCGAUGAAAUAGAAGUAAAAACAACCGACUCAGUAGAAAUAAAGAAGUUCAUACGUAAAGUAAAUUAUGAGUUUCUAGGAUUUCAUUGCAAUCAUAAAGUUAUGGACAAAGAUUGCGACAUGAUAUAUAAGAACAUCUCUGACAUAUAUAAAUCGGAGGAGUUUAAGACAUACGACAACUUUGUUUCGUUAGUUGCUGAAUGUGUAUGGCAGAUAAGAGAUAAAGAUAGAAGAGGUAAAGUAUGGAACGGACAAAUAAAACCAGCAGCUUUUGAGUUAAAGAAAACCAUUGACGCCUUAGUUGUUCUAGCAGGUCAAAUUUCAAUGUAUAACGCAAAAAUGAACCCACAAUGUUCAAAAUGUAAAGCAGCAAUAAGGAAAUAUAACUACUCCGUCAAAGAGAUAGAAC